AUGUCUCUUACAGUGACUAAAGUGAAGCUCUCCUUGCUGGAGAAGCUGGACUUUUUCCCAGCCGUAGCUUCCAUCCUACUUGCCUACAUCUAUGCUCUCCUGACCGGCCUCCGGCGCACCGAGCGCCAAGCCAAGACUUUAUCCCUUCAUUUGGGAUAUGCGGUGUUCCGCAAGUCGAGCACGCGAUUGACCGCGAGUCAGAUGCAGUACCUGCUACCACCAUCUCACAAGAUAUACGAACAACACUCCAAAUCAACCGGCGCACUGCCCGAAUCCGUACAAUUGGGGGAUGGCGCAUUGGGCCACUGGGUAGGCGAUCGAAAUGCCGACAAUGUGAUAAUCUGGUUUCAUGGGGGUGGCUUCGGACUCCCCGCCAACCUGGGCUAUUUCAAAUUCUACGCGCAGCUCGUGCGCGACCUCAAAGCAUCGGGCAAAAGCGUCGCGGUCUUCAGUCUAACAUACACUUUAGCCCCAAUUGCAGUCUACCCGACGCAACUCCGACAAGCCGUGAAUUGUCUGCGAUACAUCCUCUCGCAGCCAAACCGCGACCCGUCCACGGUUUUCCUAGGCGGCGACUCGGCAGGCGGGAACCUAGCUAGUGGAGUACUCUCUCACCUGGCCCACCCACACGCGGAUAUUGAUCCCCUGCCACUGCAAAGCAACCUCGCCGGCGCAGUCAUGAUUGCACCGUGGACACUUCUGGAGAAAGAAUUCCGGGACAUGGAGAUCUACGAUGGCGGCGAUAUUAUCACCGAAGCAGUUGCGGGACCCUGGUCGACUGCCUAUAUUGGCUCUGGUAAGCGGGACUAUUACACUGAUUUAUCGACUGCGCCGACGGAUUGGUUUACGACCUUUCCGGUGAACUCGGUUUUGAUUACCGCGGGCGAAAAUGAGAUCAUGUUGCCCCUAAUUCAGGACUUGGCGGCUAAGUUUAAGGAGGGCUUUGGGAAUGUGGAGUUGUUUGUUGGUCGUCGCGAGUGUCACGUUGCGCCGAUUUAUCAUUUGGAGAUGGGGGAUAAUACAAAGACAGAGCAGGGGAAGAAGGUUGAGGUGUUUUUGGCCGAGUUGAUGUGA